UCACCCCACCCUCACUCACACUCACUCAUCCCUCCAAUUCGAAACUCGCCGGCACUCGGCUGAGUGGUAAUUUAAGCGCCGGAGAUUCCAACACAGAAAUUGCGACGACGGCGCUCUUAGCCACUGCAUUCGAAGAGGUAUUGUAUUCAUCGUCGGUAAAUAUAGAAAAUGUCGGAGGAUGAGAAGUUGUUGAAGGAGGCGAAGAAGUUGCCGUGGGAGGAUCGGCUGGCGCACAAGAACUGGAAAGUGCGGAAUGACGCAAAUAUCGAUUUGGCGGCCGUUUGCGACGCUAUCACAGAUCCCAAGGACCCGCGCCUUCGUGAAUUUGGCCCUUUUUUCAGGAAAGCGGUGGCUGAUUCCAAUGCGCCGGUGCAGGAGAAGGCUCUCGAUGCCCUCAUUGCGUUUUUGAAAGCUGCAGAUGCUGAUGCUGGAAGAUACGCGAAAGAGGUAUGCGAUGCAAUCGUGGCAAAAUGUCUAACCGGAAGGCCUAAAACAGUGGAGAAGGCACAGAUGGCAUUUAUGCUUUGGGUAGAGUUGGAGGCUGUUGAAGCUUUCCUGGAUGCCAUGGAGAAAGCUAUUAAAAAUAAAGUUGCCAAAGCUGUUGUACCUGCAAUUGAUGUUAUGUUUCAGGCAUUAAGUGAAUUUGGAUCAAAGAUAAUACCACCAAAAAGAAUUUUGAAGAUGCUUCCUGAACUUUUUGAUCAUCAAGAUCAGAAUGUUCGCGCUUCUUCUAAAGGGCUUACACUAGAACUUUGUCGUUGGAUAGGAAAGGAUCCUGUCAAGUCAAUAUUGUUUGAAAAGAUGCGAGAUACAAUGAAAAAAGAGUUGGAGGCCGAGCUUGGUAAUGUCAGUGGAACUGCAAAACCAACCCGCAAAAUCAGGUCUGAGCAGGACAAGGAGCCCGAACCAGAAUCUGUUUCUGAGGCUGUGGGUUCUGCACCCACUGAAGAAAGUGUAGCUGAUGUUCCUCAGGAGAUAGAUGAGUAUGAGCUUGUUGAUCCAGUUGAUAUAUUGAUGCCUUUGGAGAAGUCUGGAUUUUGGGAAGGGGUGAAAGCUUCAAAAUGGUCUGAGAGGAAAGAGGCCGUUGCUGAACUAACCAAACUUGCAUCCACCAAAAAGAUUGCUCCUGGCGAUUUUUCUGAAGUUUGUCGAACAUUAAAGAAGCUUAUCACAGAUGUAAACAUUGCCGUUGCAGUUGAAGCUAUCCAAGCACUGGGAAACCUUGCCAGGGGUCUGAGAACCCAUUUUUCAGCCAGUUGUCGCUUCGUAUUGCCUGUACUUCUGGAGAAAUUGAAGGAGAAGAAGCCUACUUCAACGGAGGCCCUUACCCAAACUCUUCAGGCGAUGCACAAAUCCGGAUGCUUGAGCCUAACUGACACCGUUGAAGAUAUAAAGGUGGCAGUGAAAAACAAAGUUCCUCUUGUAAGGUCAUUGACUUUGGGCUGGGUUACAUUCUGUAUCGAAACUAGUAACAAAGCUGCUAUACUUAAGGUUCACAAGGAGUAUGUUCCCAUAUGCAUGGAGUCCCUUAAUGAUGGAACACCUGAAGUGAGGGAUGCAGCUUUCUCAGCUUUGGCAGCUAUAGCUAAGAUGGUUGGUAUGAGACCUUUGGAGAAGUCUUUGGAAAAGCUGGAUGAUGUCAGAAAAAAGAAGUUAUCUGAAAUGAUUGGGGGGUCGACAGCGGAGCCUUCUACUCUCACAAACUCAGGUGUGGUUCAAUCUUCUGCAGGAGUUUUGACCACAGGGGCCUCUGAAUCGUCAUUUGUUAGAAGAUCAGCAGCCAGCAUGCUUAGUGGAAAGAAGCCUAUAACUGCAGCUCCAGCUGCCACUAAGAAAGCCACGUCUGGAAAAUCUGGUACCAACAAGAAGGGUGACGCAGGAGGACAAACAAAAGUUUCUAAGCCUGUGGAGCAUGAAGAUGUCGAGCCAACAGAAAUGAGUUUGGAAGAGAUUGAGAGCAGAUUAGGAUCCCUUAUUCAAGCAGAGACAAUUACUCAAUUAAAGAGUGCUGUGUGGAAAGAGCGGCUUGAAGCCAUCGUGUCGUUUAAAGAGCAGGUUGAAUCACUAACAGAUGUUGAUCCAUCUGUUGAGGUGUUGAUCCGCUUACUUUGUGUUAUUCCUGGCUGGAAUGAGAAAAAUGUUCAGGUCCAGCAACAAGUUAUUGAUAUUGUCACCUACAUUGCUGCGACAGCAUCAAAGUUUCCUAAAAAGUGCGUUGUGCUCUGCCUUUCAGGUAUUACUGAAAGAGUUGCCGACAUAAAGACUCGUGCUCAGGCCAUGAAGUGUCUUUCCACUUUUUGUGAGGCUGUAGGUCCUGGUUUUAUAUUUGAGAGGGUAAUCUCAUAUUAAGCUGAAGGUGCUGAAAACUUCUUUUUUAAGAAUCUCUCAUAUCUUUAUGAUUUGGAUUUAAUUGACUUCUGCAAGGACAUAGGAUUGCAAUCUAGUGCAGCUGCAACUAGAAAUGCUACAGUUAAAUUAAUCGGCGUCCUUCAUAAGUUUGUUGGUCCAGAUAUAAAGGGGUUUCUGUCUGAUGUUAAACCUGCUCUACUGAGUACCCUUGAUGCUGAGUAUGAAAAAAAUCCACACGAGGCAUCUGCAGUUCCGAAGAAGGUGGUUAAAGUAACUGAUUCUACCUCAUCUGCGGUGGCUGGUGGCAUGGAUGGUCUUCCACGUGAAGAUAUCAGUGAAAAGAUCACCCCCACUUUGUUAAAAGGCUUAGAGAGUUCUGAUUGGAAGGUCCGCUUGGAAUCUAUUGAAAGUAUAACCACAUUACUGGAAGAGGCGAACAAACGUAUUCUGCCUGCUGGAACUGGAGAUCUAUUUGGAGCUCUGAAAGGGCGUUUACAUGACAGUAACAAAAAUUUGAUUAUUGCCACUUUGUCAACAAUUGGUGCUCUUGCGUCUGCAAUGGGACAGCCAGUUGAGAAGUCAAGCAAGGGAAUUCUUUUGGAUGUCUUGAAAUGUCUUGGUGACAACAAAAAGCAUAUGCGUGAGUGCACAUUGAGUACCUUAGAUGCUUGGCUUGGAGCUGCUCAUCUCGAUAAGAUGCUACCAUAUAUUACAGCUGUUCUCACGGAUGCUAAAGUAGGUGCAGAAGGGCGCAAAGAUCUUUUUGAUUGGCUGUCUAGACAACUUGCUGGAUUGGCCGAGUUCCCUGAUGCUAUACAGCUCCUCAAACCCACUUCAUCUGCUAUGACGGAUAAAUCAGCAGAUGUUCGUAAGGCUGCUGAAGCAUGCUUUAAUGAAAUAUUGAGGGUUUGUGGACAAGAACUGGUUUCCAAAAACUUGAGAGAUAUACAAGGAUCUGCUUUAGCUAUAAUUGGUGAACGAUUGAAGCCGUAUGGAGCUUUUCAAGAUAAUUAUGAAUCUGGGAGAUCUGUUUCGUUAAGCAUGGCAUCCAAAAACAGCUCAAAGGUUGGAAAGCCCAAUGGUCAUGGUGACCGCACAUCUCGACAUGGAAGCCGAAAUGCAUCUUCAAGAGCUGUACCUACCAAGGGAUCCAGGCAAGAUUCCAUCGUGUCUGUUCAGGACAUAAACAUCCAGUCACAAGCCUUGAUCUGUCUGAAGGAUUCAAACAAGGAUGACAGGGAAAGAAUUAUUGUUCGCAGAUUCAAAUUCGAAGAAUUGCGUAUAGAGCAAAUUCAAGAUCUCGAGAAUGAUGUCAUGAAAUACUUCCGAGAGGAUCUGCACUGGAGGCUUUUAAGUUCUGACUUCAAAAAGCAAGUUGAUGGCAUCGAGAUGUUGCAGAAGGCUCUUCCAUCUAUGGGAAGGGAGGUGAUUGAAGUCUUAGAUAUACUCUUGAAGUGGUUUGUGUUGAGGUUCUGUGAAUCCAAUACAUCAUGCUUAUUAAAGGUUCUGGAAUUUCUUCCCGAGCUUUUGGAUAUGCUGAGAAAUGAGGGUUACACAAUGACUGAAGCAGAGGCUACCAUCUUUCUCCCUUGCUUGGUUGAGAAGUCUGGACAUAAUAUUGAAAAAGUUCGAGAAAAAAUGCGGGAACUUAUGAAGCAAGUCAUCCAAACAUAUUCUGCUGCAAAAACAUUUCCUUAUAUAUUGGAGGGUUUGCGUUCUAGGAACAACAGAACAAGGAUUGAGUGUGCUGACCAUGUUGGAUUCUUAUUGGAUAACUAUGGAGCUGAGAUAAUUGGGCAGUUAAAAUCCUUGCAAAUUGUCGCUAGUUUAACUGCUGAACGAGAUGGCGACACCCGCAAAGCUGCACUGAAUACUUUGGCAAUAGGAUAUAAGAUUCUUGGUGAUGAUAUUUGGAGAUAUGUUGGGAAGCUUACUGAAGCACAAAGAAGUAUGUUAGAUGAUAGAUUUAAAUGGAAGGCACGAGAGAUGGAGAAGAGGAAGGAAGGCAGGCCAGGGGAAGCUAGGGCCGCCCUAAGACGCUCAGUGCGGGACAAUGCGUCUGACCCAGCAGAGCAAAGUGGGGAAGUAUCAAGAUCUAUGAGCAUCCCAACUUUCAAUCGGGAGAACUAUGGUCUUCCUGAAAUCCACACAGAUAGACUACCAAUGCCACAGGCUUAUUCUGGUGUUGGCCCCACAGACUGGAAUGAAGCUUUGAAAAUCAUAGAAUAUGGUUCUCCUGAACAGGCUGUUGAAGGGAUGAAAGUUGUGUGCCAUGAAUUGGCACAAGCAACUGCUGACCCUGAGGGAAGCACAAUGGAUGACAUAGUCAAAGAUGCUGAUAGACUUGUUUCAUGCUUGGCUAAUAAGGUUGCUAAGACUUUUGACUUUAGUCUCACUGGUGCCUCUUCAAGAUCUUGUAAAUAUGUCCUGAACACUUUGAUGCAGACCUUUCAGAACAAGAGGCUUGCUUAUGCAGUCAAGGAAAGUACACUUGAUGGUCUUAUUACGGAACUGCUGCUAUGGCUUUUGGAUGAUAGGGUUCCACAGAUGGAUGAUGGAAGUCAACUUUUGAGAGCUUUGAAUGUGCUGAUGUUAAAGAUUCUGGAUAAUGCAGAGCGUACUUCAUCAUUUGAUGUGCUUAUACAUCUCUUACGACCUCUGGAUCCAUCAAGAUGGCCGUCUCCAGCAACAAACGAGUCUCUUGCAAUUAGAAACCAGAAAUUCUCUGAUCUGGUUGUUAAAUGUUUGAUCAAGCUCACAAAGGUUCUGCAAAAUACCAUAUAUGAUGUAGAUCUUGAUCGUAUCCUUCAGAGUAUCCAUGUAUAUCUGCAAGAAUUAGGAAUGGAUGAGAUACGUAAGAGAGCUGGAGCUGAUGACAAACCACUUCGAAUGGUUAAAACUGUUCUCCACGAGCUUGUUAAACUACGUGGAACAGCCAUAAAAGGCCAUCUCUCCAUGGUGCCAAUAGACAUGCAACCACAACCUAUCAUUCUUGCCUAUAUUGAUCUAAAUCUUCAGACACUGGCAGCUGCAAGAAUGCUGACACCAUCUGGCCCUGUUGGGCAAACUCACUGGAGUGACUCGACUGCCAACAACGCUGCACCAGCUGCACACUCUGCAGAUGCUCAGUUGAAGCAAGAACUGGCUGCAAUAUUUAAGAAAAUUGGUGACAAGCAGACUUGCUCAAUUGGUCUUUAUGAACUUUAUCGCAUAACGCAAUUGUAUCCUCAGGUUGAUAUUUUUGCUCAGUUGCAAAAUGCUAGUGAGGCAUUUCGAACAUACAUUAGAGAUGGUUUGGCCCAGAUGGAGAAGAAUGCAGCCGCAGGAAGGACUCCCUCGAGUGUACCUCUAUCCACUCCUCCUCCAGCAGUGCUUAACCUUUCUCCAAGAUAUGGCUCUCUGUCUCCUGUAAAUGCAGACCCAUUAAAUGACUCGAGAAACCCGAAUGCAGGCAGUGAACCCACUAAUUUUUCUUUACCGCCAUCUUUUGCUGAAGAUGAUCAUCGGCUUGUUAAUGCCGUCUCCCAGAAAGUGUCUUAUGAUCCAUCUGGCUUACCUCAAAACUUCGGGGAGUCGAGAAAUGACAGAUUACCGUCUGGUGUGUCAAAUGGAACCCUAGAUGCAAUUAGGGAAAGGAUGAAAAGCAUCCAGUUAGCAGCUGGCGGAGUGAAUCCAGAAUCAAGAAGCCGGCCGUUGAUACAAGUGAACGGGAAUGGUGAUGAAGCUCACGGCAGUAUGCAGGGCGGAAUACUGCCUAUGGACGAGAAAGCGUUAUCGGGGCUUCAGGCACGCAUGGAAAGGUUAAAGAGUGGCUCAUUUGAUUCCAUGUAGGAUAGAAACAAUGACUUUGUUAUUGCGGUAUAGUAUCCCAUUUGUAAAUGCAGAGCGUGUAAAUAACUACUGUAAGACACUUCCAUAGUAUUAAAAUUAUGCAUAUUUGAAGUUGCAGGAGCUCAGAGCAACGUCAUGUAACUUUUUUUUCUAAUUCAAGAUCAUUCAUCGAGAGAACA